AUGGGAGAAAAUUUUAAUGAUUGCCAAGUUAUUAAUCUUAAUAUUGGUGGUACAAAAUAUAUGACUACUGUAAGAACAUUAAUGAGAGAAGAAAAUACUUUUUUUACUGAUAUAUUAAAAUCAGAUGGUAAUCAACAUGAAAAUGUUGCUACCAAACUUCCUGAUGGCACUUAUUUUAUUGACCGUGAUGGAGAACUUUUUGUUUAUAUUCUUGACUAUAUGAGAACUGGAAAAUUGUUACUUCCUGAUAAUUUUAAAGAUACGGCAAGAUUAAAAGAGGAAGUUAUGUUUUACAAACUUGAAAACAUGAAUGAACUCCUAUUACCAUAUUUUAAUCUUAAAUAUCCUGGGCGUCUUGGUAAUGGACAAGUUAGUGAAAAUACUGUUUUACAAAAUACUUGUGAAACUGGAGGGUUUAUUACUCUUGGAUAUAGGGGAACAUUUGCUUUUGGGAGAGAUGGACAAGCUGAUGUUAAAUUUAGAAAAUUACAUCGUAUACUUGUAUGUGGAAAAGUAGCGUUAUGCCGUGAAGUAUUUGCUGAUACACUUAAUGAAAGUAGAGAUCCUGAUCGAGAAGGAAGUGAAAGAUAUACUUCAAGACUAUACUUAAAACAUCAAUGUUUAGAAAGAGCAUGUGAUAAUUUAGCUGAGAAGGGAUUUAAACUUGUCGCAACUUGCUCUUCUGGUGCUAAUGGAUUAGCAACUGCUGGAUUUUCUGUUUUAGGAGCUCAAAUAAAUACUGGAGCACAAGAUUUUGUCAAUCAACGUAAUAGUGGAGAUUUUGAAGAACAAAGAUGGGCACAUUAUACAGAAUAUGUUUUUUAUAGAGAACCACAAUUAGCUACAAGUGUUAUGGGAAGCGACAGCAAGUAA